AUGGAAGGGUGUCGGAGGCUCGCCCUGUUUGACAAAGACAGCACAGGCCUGAACGCUACUAAGGCGGCCAUCAAAUCCGUAAGCGGAAAUGCAGACCCAGAUGUGUUCAUCAGACACGUUGAUAAUCUGGACACCUAUGAAGUUGGCAAGAACAUGGAACUUGCUAUCAGGCAUUUCGGACGCAUUGACUAUGCCGUCAACUGUGCUGGAAUCUACGGCCCAACAAAGAAAAGUCAUGAAGCAACCCCUGAAGAGUUUGAUCAUGUCAUCAAUACCAACUUCCGUGGUCUGUGGCUGUUUGCGAAAGAAGAGCUAAAAUAUAUGAUCAGUCAAGAUAUUGGAGCUACUCAUGAUGGACGGCCUGGGUUUAGAGGUUCCAUUGUCAAUGUUGGAAGCAACCUUGGCCUUGUGGGAAAACCAGAGACUCUUGGGACAGCGAUGUACAGUGCUUCAAAGGCAGCUAUCAUCAGUUUGACGAGAAGUGAUGCUAUCGACUAUGCAAAAGAUCAGAUUCGUGUUAAUUGCGUCUGCCCUGGAGUUAUUGAAACUCCUAUGACGGCUAGUGUUCCGGAAGAUGACCCGGCUGUACAGACUGCCGUCAUGAAAAGAAAAGGGACCCCACAGGAAGUAGCAGAUGCUAUUUUGUUCUUAUCUGGUCCUAAGGCUUCUUUCAUUCAAGGUGCUGCAUUGUCAGUUGAUGGGGGUUAUACUGUCAGUUAA